AUGGAGCUGCCGACAAAGCAUAUGAACUCCUUUUUGCUGGUUUUAAUUCUUCUCUCAUGCUUCAACUUGCUGGGUUUAGCAACAGCAAGCCAUGUAGUAAGAGGAAACGACACUGAUCAACAAGCCUUGCUACACUUCAAAUCCAAGAUAACUGGUGAUCCGCUCAAAAUUAUGGACUCCUGGAGUACUUCCAUUCAUUUCUGCCAGUGGCGUGGCGUUACAUGCGGUGGCCGUGAGCAUCAGAGAUUGAAUCUCACGGGGAAUAGCUUCUACAGUCAAAUUCCUCAAGAAGUCGGUCGUUUAAGAAGAUUGGAGCAACAACAGUUUGAGAGGGAGUAUCCCACCUCCUUUGGGAACUUGUCAUCCCUGCAGGAGCUCACUUUGUCGAUUAACGAGUUGACUGGGAUCCUACCCGAAGCUCUUGGACGACUAACAAAUCUUUCCUAUCUCACGGUAGGAUCAAAUGCAAUUUCUAGUGUUCUUCCUAUUUCAAUGUUCAAUCUCUCCAACCUUGGAGUAUUUGAUAUUACUGAGAACAAGAUUCAAGGCACUCUUUCUUCUCGCAUAGAAAUUAGCAUGCCAUAUGUUGAGUUCUUUUCAGUAGGAGGAAAUCAAAUAUCUGGGCAAAUCCCGAUUUCAAUAUCUAAUGCUACAAAUCUGAAUGCACUUCAAUUAGCGGGAAACAUGCUCAGCGGGAAUGUUCCAUCAUUAGAAAAUCUAGAUAAACUGUUCAGAUUAGCCUUGUUCCAAAACCAUUUGGGAUACGGGAAAGAUGGUGACUUUGACUUCCUCUGCACUUUGGUCAACAAUACCAUACUAGGAACUCUGUCUAUAGCCCAAAAUAAUUUUGGAGGGCUGUUUCCUGAAUGCAUUAGCAAUUUUUCUACCUCCAUUUUUCAUUUAUCAACGGAUCAGAACAAAAUAUGGGAGGAAUACCGAAUAGAAUUGGAAAUCUCAUCAACUAGGAGGCUCUGGGGGUAUCACGAAAUCAACUAUCAGGUUCUAUUCCCUUUGACAUUGGAAGGCUUCAUAAGCUCAAAGUUUAAUAAUCUUCAAGGGAAUAUUCCUUCAAGUCUAAGUAACUGUCAACAUUUGAUCCGACUAAGACUUGAUCGUAACAAUCAUAGUGGAUCAGUACCUCAUGAAGUACUUGGACUCUCAUCCUUGUCCAUUGUACUAGACUUGUCAUCAAACUAUAUGACUGGUGAACUUGUUGAAGAAGAAAAACUGAAAAAUCUAGAUAAAUUGGAUGUUUCUCAAAAUAGGUUAUUUGGUCUGCUCCCAAGCAGCCUUGGAAGCUGUGUAAGCCUUGAGUACCUGAUUUUGGAUGGAAAUUUGUUUGAAGGUCCCAUUCCUUCAUCUUUUAGUUGA